ACAUGUCCCAGGUAAGGCAAGUGGGACUGCUGGCUGCCGGGUGCCAGCCAUGGAACAAAGAUGUGUGUGCUGCCCACGGAGACAGGUUUGCGUAUUGUGCUACCCUGGCCAUCUACGUUUAUCAGUUGGAUCACCAUUAUAAUGAAUUCAAACUUCAUGCAAUUAUGUCUGAACAUAAAAAAACUAUCACAGCUAUCUCUUGGUGUCCACAUAACCCUGAUCUGUUUGCAAGUGGCAGUACCGAUAACUUAGUGAUCAUUUGGAAUGUUGCAGAACGAAAAGUCGUUGUUAAGCUCGACAAUACAAAAGGGAUGCCGGCCUCUCUUAGCUGGUGCUGGAAUGCAGACGAUGCUGUGGCAUUUGCUUCCCACAGAGGCCCGCUGUUCAUUUGGACCAUCUCAGGACCAGAGAGUGGAGUGACUGUACACAGAGAAGCUCAUAGCUUCUUGUCUGACAUCUGUCUAUUCAGAUGGCACACCCAAAAAAGGGGGAAAGUUGCAUUUGGUCAUAUCGAUGGAAGUCUCUCAAUUUUUCAACCAGGUAAUAAAAGUCAGAAACAUGUUCUGAGACCUGAAUCUCUUGAAGGGACAGAUGAAGAGGAUCCAGUUACAGCCUUGGAAUGGGACCCACUGUCUACUGAUUAUCUGCUUGUGGCUAAUUUGCAUUAUGGAAUUCGCCUCGUUGAUUCGGAAUCACUUCAUUGCAUAACAACGUUUAAUUUCCCCAGUGCAGCAGCUUCUGUGCAAUGCUUGGCCUGGGUUCCCAGUGCUCCUGGGAUGUUUGUGACUGGAGAUUCUCAAGUGGGUGUUUUGCGCAUUUGGAAUGUUUCAAGAACAACGCCUAUUGAUAAUUUUAAAUUAAAGAAAACAGGGUUUCACUGCUUACAUGUGCUUAAUUCUCCUCCUAGAAAAAAAUUUUCAGUCCAGUCUCCAACCAAAAAUCAUUAUACGUCCUCAACGAGUGAAGCAGUUGCAGCCCCAACUUUGACGCAGAAUCAAGCCUUUUCUCUUCCUCCUGGUCAUGCCGUGUGCUGUUUCUUGGAUGGGGGAGUUGGCCUUUAUGACAUGGGAGCCAGAAAGUGGGAUUUUCUUCGGGACUUGGGACAUGUGGAAACUAUCUUUGACUGCAAAUUCAAACCUGAUGAUCCCAAUCUUUUAGCAACAGCUUCAUUCGAUGGCACUAUAAAAGUCUGGGAUAUAAACACAUUAACAGCAGUGUACACUUCCCCGGGUAAUGAAGGGGUUAUUUAUUCCCUUUCAUGGGCUCCAGGUGAUUUAAAUUGUAUUGCCGGAGGAACUUCCCGAAAUGGUGCUUUUAUUUGGGAUCUUAAAAAGGGCAAAAUGGUACAACGGUUUAAUGAGCACGGAAAAAAUGGAAUAUUCUGCAUUGCCUGGAGUUAUAAAGAUUCCAAAAGAAUAGCAACCUGCAGUGGUGAUGGUUUCUGUAUUAUUCGAACGAUUGAUGGUAAAGUGCUCCACAAAUACAAACACCCAGCUGCCGUGUUUGGUUGUGAUUGGAGCCAAAACAACAAAGACAUGAUAGCCACUGGCUGUGAAGACAAAAAUGUUCGUGUCUAUUAUGUAGCCACCAGCUCUGAUCAACCAUUGAAAGUGUUCAGUGGGCAUAUGGCAAAAGUGUUCCAUGUUAGAUGGUCUCCUCUGAGGGAGGGAAUUCUCUGCAGUGGUUCUGAUGAUGGUUCUGUGCGAAUCUGGGACUAUACUCAAGACGCUUGCAUAAACGUUCUUAAUGGCCACACUGCACCGGUGAGGGGCUUGGUGUGGAAUACGGAGAUCCCCUAUCUGCUGAUAUCUGGCAGCUGGGACUAUACCAUCAAAGUAUGGGACACUCGAGAAGGAACUUGUUUGAAUACUGUGUACGACCACGGUGCAGAUGUAUAUGGUUUAACCUGCCACCCAAGCCGCCCCUUCACCAUGGCCUCUUGCUCCCGGGACUCUACAGUGAGACUCUGGUCAUUAACACCUCUAAUCACGCCUUUACAAAUAAAUAUUCUGGCAGACAGAUCUUGGGAAGAAAUUAUCGGGAACACUGAUUAUGCUGUAGAGCAAGGCGCUCCUCCUCUUUUGUGUGGUAAAGUGUCAAGAGAUAUUAAACAGGAAAUAGAGAAACUAACUGGUAAUCCUCGAGUGGAAAAGCUAAGAUGGUUUUCAGAGUGUUUAUCACCUCCAGGUGGCAGUGACAACUUAUGGAAUUUAGUUGCUGUGAUAAAAGGGCAAGAUGAUAGCUUACUUCCGCAGAACUACCGUAAAGGAAUAAUGCAUCUGAAACAUCUGAUUCAAUUUAGAACGUCUGAAGCCCAAGAACUAACAACAGUCAAGAUGUCUAAAUUUGGUGGUGGUAUUGGUGUGCCUACUAAAGAGGAGAGGCUGAAGGCAGCUGCUGAGAUACACUUGAGAUUAGGACAAAUUCAGAGAUAUUGUGAACUCAUGGUUGAACUUGGAGAGUGGGACAAAGCCUUAUCCAUUGCACCAGGGGUCUCUGUGAAAUACUGGAAGAAGUUAAUGCAGAGGAGAGCUGAUCAGUUAAUCCAGGAAGAUAAGGAUGAUGUCAUUCCAUACUGCGUAGCCACUGGUGAUGUGAAGAAAUUAGUCAAUUUUUUUAUGUCAAGAGGUCAGCUUAAAGAAGCUCUGCUGGUUGCACAGGCUGCUUGUGAGGGAAAUAUGCAAACCUUACAUGUUUCUACACCUAAAGGGUCUUCAUAUUCUGAUGAUAUCUACAAGGAAGACUUUGAUGACCUCCUGCACAAAGUCAGCAAAGAACUGGCAGAAUGGUAUUUUCAGGAUGGACGAGCAGUACUAGCGGCAUGCUGCCACCUCGCUGUAGAUGAUAUUGAGCUUGCUAUGGCGUACCUGAUUCGUGGGAAUGAGCUGGAGUUGGCCGUCUGUGUGGGCACAGUCCUGGGAGAGUCUGCGGCACCAGCAACCCACUACGCCCUAGAAUUAUUGGCGAGAAAAUGCAUGAUGAUUUCAACAUGGAAUUUGGCAGCCGAUCUUCUCCUGCUGACUCCUGAUAAUGAACUACAGUUGGUAAAACUCUGUGCUUUCUACCCAGGGUGUACUGAAGAGAUAAAUGAUCUUCAUGAGAAGUGCAAGCUACCCCCAGUGGAGGAAUGUGUGCAGUUAGCUGAGACAGCCCAUACAGAUGGCAAUCUAUUUGAAACUGUAAAGUAUUACUUGUUAAGUCAAGAACCUGAAAAAGCCCUUCCUAUUGGUAUUGACUUCAUCAAAGAAUGCAUCAAGAGUUCAGAUUGGACUUUGGAUACCAUUUACCCUGUUCUUGACUUACUGAGUUAUAUUCCUACUGAAAAAUUAGUCUUGCAUACGUGUACAGAAUCUCGAAAUGAAUUGCUCAUAUUAUGUGGUUAUGUUGGUGCAUUAUUGGCUAUCCAAAGACAGUACCAAAGCAUCGUUCCAGCACUUUAUGAGUACACAAGUCAGCUAUUAAAACGUCGGGAGGUGUCAAUGCCUUUAAAAAUUGAACACCUUUCUGAGGAACUGGAUGCGUGGAGAGCUUGCACGCAGUCCAUCAACCGAUCAUCAGAAGAAUCUCCAUAUACACCCCCUUCUGAUUCACAAAGAAUGAUUUAUGCAGCUUUACUAAAGAGACUAAAAGAAGAACCACUCAAAGGAAUUAUUGGACCAGAUUAUGUGACUGGAUCAAAUCUCCCCAGUCAUUCUGAUAUUCACAUCUCUUGUCUUACGGGAUUAAAAAUACAGGGCCCUGUAUUUCUCCUUGAAGACGGGAAGUCUGCUAUCUCAUUGAAUGAUGCUCUGAUGUGGGCAAAGGUGAAUCCAUUCUCACCGUUAGGGACCGGAAUACGACUCAACCCUUUCUGACAGAAGGUUCUUCUCCAUGUUUCAUUGUUUUUUAAAGACCUUUCGUGGUUAGUCUUACCUAAACCUUUGUUGUCAAAGAGCCAAGGUGGGGAGGAGGAGGAGGGGAGAUGGGGAAUACCAAUUGAUUUUAUUCAUUAACUUCAAAAAAUAAAAUAUUUAUGUAAAUUUCAAAGAAAAAUAGGUGUCUCCUUUAUAAAAUAUAAUAGCUAUAUUUGGGAAGAAGGUCGUAUUUAAAUUAUAAAGGCCUGAAUAAUUUAAAUGAGCAUAUAAAAGUUUCACAAAGCACAAAAGGUACCAAAAUAUUACAUUGUUGAAACAAUGAAACAUAUAAAAUAGUGCAACAUCUAGAAUAGUGCUCAACCUCCAGCAAGUCCUUAAUGAAUAUCUGAAUGACCGAGUAUCUCGAAAUAUCGAAAUGUUCAGGUGUGUGUGACUGAUCUUCAAGUUAACAAGCACCUAUAUUGUCCUCUAUAAAAUGUAUAGUAAGCCACUACUUUUAGUUUAUAUUUAAUAAAAGUUUUCAGUUACAAUUUUAAUAUAUAUUAAUAAGUGGAUACACAGUCAAAAUACUUUU